GAAAGCCUUGGUGAGGAGACAUCGGGGGAAGAGUGGGGCGAGCACAGCCGGUUGAGGUAUUGCAUCUGCCUGAUGCAGUUCAUCUCGAAGUGGGCCGCGCCCGACAUGUUCGCGUACGUCUUGCUUUACUACCUGAUCCGCAGGCUGCAGAACCUCCCGGUCAGCACGCUAUGCAUGUUCGACAUAGGCUUUACGUGCUACAGCGUCUUCUCAAUCACUUGUGCGAUAUCGUCGCUGGGCGUCCCCUUGCCGAAGAUCGAGAGCGACGAGGUGGUGAAGGAGGUGAAGCCGCCCCUCGUGAGGCGCAUGAUCGCGGGCAGCUUCGAGAGUCCGGGCGCCGAGAAGCGGAGGCUCCUGGUGCUCGUCGGGCUCCUCGCGACCGUGUGGGCGUGCCUCUUCGCCUACGGCCUUGGCGUCCCGUGCUUCGCCCUGCGCCUCGACGCAGACCUGCUCAAGGACCACGUGCCUGAUGGGAUGAAGCAGGUGCUCAAGAUGAUCAAGCUCAACAAGAUCAUCUUCCCGCAGAACGUCAGCCUCGUGCAAGCGAUGGGGUCGCUGAUGUACUGGUUCGCCACCGACCAUGACCUCAACAUCCUUCUGGGCUUCGUGAUGCUUGCGGUGUUUGCGGUGACCCUCACUGCUCUCAACAUGGUGGAGUCAUCAUUGUGCUCAGCCGGCGUCUGCGCCGUGAGUUUGAUGAUAUAUCCCACCAGAUUGCGGUGUUUCGUGCCGCUCCGAUUGUCAGGGCACUGUGGCCUGAUAUUCUACAGCGCCGCCAGCAGGUGCAAGACCUGCCAGCAGACCAAGUGCCCGAGUGGAAGUUGAGUUAUGCGAAGUUUGUAGAGGACUAGGUUGAGGAGGAGCACGGCCCCUGGGAAGGGUGGGCUGCCGCAUGCUGCUUGGCAGGUGGAUGAGGGGGUGAGGUUACCCUACGUUGUGUAUGAGGAGCUUUAUGAGAAUGGGAGCUGCACUUUACUCGCGAACAUGCGUGAGAUGUUUUUUUUUCCUGCCGAAGGGCUCGUGCCCUGAUGACAAGGCGCAUGGGGUUGCGAGGUCACCUGAGACUACUCGGCCGCUAGCCCUUUGCGACUCUGGCGCUAAAUCGAUGUCGGUUGCUUUCGGUUCGCCACUCGCAGAGUUGUCUGGGGGCGCUGUCCAUGUGGACCAGCGUGGGGGCGCGAAGGGAAGGGCC